AAUGGUGAUAUUUGGCAAUGCUGCUGGCUCUGCAAACCGGGUGCUCCGGAGGGGGCUGUGGGGACUGAUGCUGGUCUUAUCUGUAGCCAUAUACGGCUCUCAUGCUCCCCUCCUGACCCUGUGCAAGGUGGACGGGAUGAUCCCCUUCAGCUCCACGUCUGUCGUCGUUCUUGUUGAGCUGACAAAACUGAUGCUCUCCCUCCUGUUCCUGCUGACCUGGAACCGGGAGCUGUUGGGAGUUGCCGUGUCAUGGCGCCAUGUUGCUCCCUUUGCCCUCUCUGCCCUGCUUUAUGCUGCCAACAACAACCUGGUGGUUCACAUGCAGCUCUUCAUGGAUCCCAGCACCUACCAGAUCUUGAGUAACUUGAAGAUCGUCAGCACCGCGCUCCUCUACAGCCUCUUCCUGCGCCAGAGACUCAGCAUGCGCAAAUGGCUGGCUCUCUUCCUGCUGGUGGCUGCUGGGGUGAGCUACAGCUGUGGUGGCCUGCAGGACCCUGGCAGCCCCUCCAAGAUGCAGCUGCACAUCACACUGGUGGGCUUGUUGCUGAUCUUGGUGUACUGCCUGAUAUCAGGCUUGUCUGCUGUCUACACGGAAGCCAUCCUGAAAACCCAGGCGCUGCCUCUCAGCCUUCAGAAUCUCUUCCUUUACUUCUUUGGGGUCCUGCUCAACUUGAUCGGCUAUUUCUGGAGCAGCGCAGAGGGCAGUUUCUUGGAGGGCUUUUCCUCGUGGGUGCUGGUGAUUGUGGUCAGCCAGGCCUUGAAUGGUUUGAUCAUGUCAGUGGUCAUGAAGCACAGCAGUAACAUCACCAGGCUCUUCGUGAUCUCCUGCUCUAUCCUGGUCAAUGCCCUUCUGUCCGUCACCCUCUUCAACCUGCAGCUGACCGUCCUCUUCUUUGUUGCCGUCUCAUGCAUUGGCCUCGCUGUUCACUUGUACUAUGGGGUCACGUAGCUGCUGCCUUCCUGCCUGCGUGCACCGGGGCAGUCUUUAGUCGUUCCUCAGGGGCGUUUAGUGCUUGUGGUGUGGCUGGCCAUGUGCCUUCCUGCCCUGCUCUUUGCGGGAAGUUGUUACUGGUGGGUGCAUGCAAAACUAGCAAGGAGCCCCUGGAGCAGGAGUGCUGAGGGGGAGAGUGCCCUGUCUCUGUUUCCACGGCAGAAGCAGGGCCCUGCUACAGCCCAGCCAGGCUCUGCCACAGGGUUCCUGCACGAUCAGGUGGACCCAGCCUCGAGGGUGGAUCCCGAGUGCCUCACUCAUGUGGCAUAUUGCAUUUUCAAGCUGCUUCCCUCAUCUUCCCCGCACCAAAGAGUGCACCUGUUUCUUGUGCCUGUAAAUGCUCCUGCAGUGGUUAGUUCCGCUGUGCUGCAGGCUCUGCAUGCAGGCAACCCUGCUGCCGGGCCAGCGUUGAUCUGACGCUGUUUUCACUCCCAUGGAUGGUGCUUCCCUGUGGCAGGGGGGCCAUGUCCAUCUGA